CGAUCCUUUUUUCAAACAUGGCAGCUCGCAUGUGAAUGUCAUGCCAUCUUAAUAUAUUCCCUGAAUCUGUUCAUGUUUAGCUACGAUAAGUGAUCCGUUGGUGCUGACAUCUUGCGGAAUUGUGAUAUAUUCACCGGAGAGACCUAAGGCUUGGAGAAAACCAUAAUAACCUUGUUGAUUCAUUAACGGACCAGCUCUGGAUGUUAGCAUUUUUAGCUAACCAGCAGUCAACUUAAGACGUGAUCACGAUGGAGCCUGAAAAUCAACUAAGAAAUCUGAGGGACUUCCUUUUGGUUUACAACCGCAUGACUGAAGUCUGUUUCCAGAGAUGCAGCAGCAACUUCAACUACAGAAGCCUGACGAUGGACGAGGAGCAAUGUGUGGACAGCUGUGCGGGGAAGCUGAUUCGCUCCAACCACCGUCUGAUGGGCUCCUAUGUGCAGCUGAUGCCUAAGAUGAUGCAGCGUCGGGUGGAUGAGAUGGAGAGCAAGGCGGCAGAAAGUGCCAAGGCUGCAGAGGCCGCUGCUUCUGCAAAUGUUGAGCCAGCUGUCACAGAGGCUUCUGCAGCAUCUCAAACACCCAUCACCUUAUCUCCACCCCCAGAAGUAGCCUCAAUGUUGGAUCAACCUUUUACCUCAAUGACGAUCGAUGAUGUCGGAACCGAGGCCCAAAGCUCACUCUUAAAGCCAGCAGGAUUGGAUAUCCAAAAUGACUUUGACACUGCUUUUCCCAAAUCUACAACUUCAACAGAUGUCAGAUUAUCAGCUGCCUCACCAUUCACACCUCUGAUUGAGACAGUGAGUCUACCAGCGCCCAAUGAAGCUGGCAAUGGACCGUCUUACAUAGCAAGCUUUCCCCCGCCACCAAUAGCUGGUCCCCACUUUGAGUCUGAGAUCUCAGCGCCUGUGUUUAUGCCAUCUAAACCAAUAUCCUUAUCAGAAGAUGUUCCCAUACCAACAGUAGCUGCUCCUACAGUCUCUAAAUCUAUUGAAAGCCUGUCAGGCCAAGAGAGACCCCCAGUGGUUCCCCCACCUUCGGACCCUUAAUGAUGGUCAAUCUGGGUCUGAAUCAGGUCUCACUGUUAGCAACAUGACUACCAUGAUGAGUAACUCUCACUGGCAGUACAUGUGAUAUUCCCCAUAUUGCUGAAAAGAAUAGUUUAUUAAUAGUUCAACAUAAAUUAUUAACUAAAUCAGAAAUGGUUAUACAUUAUAUCAUGAUGGCAUAUAACAUUGUCUGGCUACAGUCAUGCUUUUCUUUUUUCAUUCUGUAAAUUAAAAGUAUUUUGCUUUUGCUUGACAACAUUAGCAGCUUAAAGACCUCACACAAAUUGAGCAGGCGUCGUUAUGUUUAGAUUUUUUUUAAUUUAAACUUAAAAAAAACAUUGUUAGAUCAACUGCCCUGCAAUUUACCAGGAGACAAAUGUAAACCCCUAUGGAGAGAAAAACAUGUUCAAGCAUGUCCCUCAUGAUUAUUUAAAUAUAUACAAAUAUGCAGAUAUUAUAAAUCCUUGGUGUAUGUGCUUUUAUGGUAAAGAAAGAAAGGAGGUUGUUGUAGCAGCAGUGUAUAUGAGUGUAGGUGUGUGCAAGACAGUUAAACAAAUGUUUUAGUAAUGGCAGUUUUUGCCAUUUAAACUCCACUAGGAUCAUUCAUCAGCCUGGAAGGGGAUAGAGGCCUGAUUUAUGUUUUGGCUUAUUUCUGGACUUUAAGUGAAUCAUAUUCAGUCAUGAUAAUUUGUUUUGAAAGGUUACAGUAAAUGCAGAAAUAAGAUUUAACAAUAAAAAAUUCAUUCAGUUUUUCUUGAUGUUACAUUUUCUUUUGACAACCUUUUUCAUUUGUUGUUUGACAAAAUUAAAUGCCCUCAUGCUGCAGGAUGCUCAAACUCAGCAGUGGUUUGGGCGUAUUCCACUCACUUUCACUGUUGUGGGUGUAAAUUCAGUUUAUGACCUUCAUCACCUUCUCCUCCCAUCAUUUCCUGUAUUUGCACCAAACACGCUACUGUCUAUAAUCCAGCAGCAAAGCCAUGAUAAGCAAUCUUAAACACCAUUCCCAUUAGCAUCUUACCAAAACCACAAGGUAGUGAAGUUCUUCAGUAUAACUGUCAGCUAGGAUGUUAAAGGAUGCUAGAAUAAAUGAUAAAGAUAUGAAAGGGGUUCAUUAAAACUUAUUUUCCAGGUUGGAGAAUGUGGUCAUGCAAUAGUCCAAAAUAUUAAAACAAAUUGUUAUUAACAUCUUGCUAUUGCAACAAUAGGCAGACAUAACUUAUGUACAACCUAUAAACAUGUCCUAAUAAGUUUGGCUCAUUGUAUUUUUUCCUUUGUUAAUGUAAUAAAAAAUGUCAGGUGAUA